GGAGAUACGGUUUUUAAGAGUAAUCCCUAACGUCCGGUGCUGCGUUUCUUCGGGAUUUUUUUAUAAGGUAAUUUAAAACUUCUCGGGCUGAUGAAACUCCUUUGCAAAGAAAAUCCGAGGACUAUAGCUUUGCAGUCCUCGUCGCAUAGCCUCACGUUCCGCCAAAUCAGCGGCUCGUCCAAAUCCAAGUCUGAACAGCCAAAAGUAGAAGUACACUUACAAGCCAAUCAGGAAAUAAGCCGAGAAAACGGCUAUAAGUCUUUACUCAACAGGGAGGUGUUUGGGUGUUUGGGCCUUAUAAAUGUACAUGGCCAGAUCUACGUGGCUCUUAUAACCGGUGCUUCCAUAAAUGUGGCUCGCCCCCUUCCUUACGAAUCGGUGGAUAAAAUUCACAGUGUGGACUUCUUCUCGCUCUCGUCUAAUGAGUGGGACUUUGUAAAUUUGGAUGCCAAUGGCAUGCUGGUGCCCCUCUCGUCAGAUUCAGAUGAUUACGAGACUUCCGCUGCUCGUGUUGCACACCCAUGCUUUGAUUUCAAGAAGUUGCUUUCGAACGGGUCGUUUUACUAUUCCAAUGACUUCGACUUGACUUCCUUAUUGCAGGCAAGGGGAGUGAAUCAAGAAAAGCUCGAGAAAGACACCCAUCCUGCAGCAGACUCGACGGAGCGCUCGACAAUUAAUGUCCAGCAUUAUCAAGAGCAGUAUAUGUGGAAUAGCUUUUUGAUGGAAGACUUACUCCGCUUUAGAGCAAACCUCGAUGACCUUGCCGCUGAUAUUUUAAAUGAGAACAGAUUCCUCACCACUGUUAUCCGUGGCUUCGCCAAAACGGUACGCCUUGGAGGUUCUCGCUCAGAUACAAUAUCCAUCAUUUCCAAACAAUCUUGGAAGAGAGCAGGCACAAGAUUUAAUGCUAGAGGUAUUGACGACGAUGGAAAUGUGGCUAACUUUGUUGAAACGGAAUUCAUAUACAAUCAUGUUUCCGCAAAUCAAGUAUUUUCAUUCACUCAAAUACGUGGCUCUGUUCCCGCGUUCUGGGAGCAGGACUCAACACUUAUAAACCCAAAGAUCACUGUCACUAGAUCUAGAGAAGCAACUCAACCUAGCUUUGACAAGCACUUCACUGAAGUGUGCGAUAAGUAUGGUGAUUGCCAUAUCAUCAAUUUACUUUCGAAAAGCAAAUCCCUGGAGGUUGAGAUUUCUCGGCGUUACACGGAGCUACUCCGCCAUUCUGACCAUAGGGAAGCUCUUCUUUAUAGCCCAUUUGAUUUUCACGCCGAAACAAAGCCCCUGAAUGGUGGCUUUGCGGGUGCUACAAAGAUUUUGUCAUUGCUUCGAGACUCUCUCGAGAGUUUUGGAUGGUACGACUACAACACUCGAGAUGGAGAGGUUAUGAUGAGACAGAGUGGUGUGUUCAGAGUAAACUGUCUUGAUUGCUUAGAUCGUACAAAUCUCAUUGAACAAGUCAUUUGUCAGACAGUGGUGGAGCAUAUCGUGCAUGAUCAAGACCUGCUACAAUCUACUCGUGAUAGAAUGAGAUCCGAAGAGUUUGUGUCGAAGCACAAUGAAUUAUGGGCAGAUAAUGGCGACGCUAUCUCGCAAAUUUACACCGGUACAAAUGCUUUGAAAUCUUCCUUCACGCGUUCGGGAAAAAUGAAUUUAGCAGGUGCUCUAUCGGACGUCACAAAAUCUGUAUCCAGAAUGUAUCAGAACACAUUUGUGGACUCAAAAAAGCAAAAUACCAUGGAUAGAAUGCUUGGAAAAGACGGUCGCUUGUCAAUACCUGUACAAAUUUUUGAUCCCAUCAGCGAGUUUGUGGCAGAAAAACUUUCUGGAAGCCAAAAUGAAUUCACGACUUAUGACCGUAUCGCGAUGUUUACCGGCACGUAUAAUGUGAACGCUGCUGCACCUAGAACAUGCGAAGAGCUUUUAAACUGGUUAUUCCCACCUGAGAAUGCCUCUUCGGGGUGUCCUGAUAUUUAUGCAAUUGGAUUACAAGAAAUCAUCGAGCUAAAUGCUGGCUCGAUUCUUGCAGCAGACAAUACUAGGCCAACCCAAUGGGCCAAAAUUUUGCAGCAAAUGCUCAAUUCUCAGUGUGAAGAAUUUUUGUUGUUGAGAACAGAGAGCAUCGCCUCAAUGUGUCUCUUUUUCUUCGUGAAGAAAUCAAAAAUUUCUCAGGUAACUGAAGUUUCGGGUUCUUCCAAAAAAACCGGAAUGGGAGGCAUUGCCGCAAAUAAGGGAGCAUGUGCCGUUCGUUUCGAAUAUGGAGCCACUUCAUUUGCUCUUGUAACUUCUCACUUCGCUGCUGGGGUAAAUGCUACAAUUGAAAGACACAAUGAUUACGCUGCCAUCAUGCUGGGGCUUUCUUUUACUCGGAACUACAGAAUAGAUGAUCACGACAACGUGAUUUGGUUUGGAGAUUUGAAUUAUCGUCUUAAUCUUUCAAACGAUAGAUGCCGCCAGUUAUUAAAUAAUGGAGCUUUUGAUGAAAUGCAACAAGUUGAUCAGCUUCUUCUCGAGAAAGGAGAAACUGGAGGGCCUUUUCAUCAAUUUAAGGAGAGUCGCAUUUUGUUUUACCCCACGUACAAAUUUGACAAAGGUACUUCAAAUUACGAUACCUCUGAGAAACAGCGAGUGCCUUCUUGGACAGACCGAAUUUUGUUCAGGAGCAAAAAAGGGAGUGAGUUGAAAUCAAUCAACUACAAUGCUGUUAUGGACAUAUUUCUCAGUGAUCAUAAACCUGUUUACUCGACGUUCACGUGCAAGGUUAAAUUUGUUGAUGAGAAAAAGAAAAAAAGCUUGGCUUUAGGGUACUACAAUGCUUACAAAUCUGAAAACAAAAAUCCCCCAGGGGGGCUCUUCGAGAAUAGCUCUCCCUCCAGCUCUUCUACCAGCUCAACUUUCAAAUCCGAAACAAUGUCAGAGUUGAAUUUGUUAGACUUCGAUGAUGCGCCCCCAAGCCUUCCAAUGAGAUCACACUCUUUGAUCAGUUCGAUUCCAAGAAGAGUGCCCCCUCCACCUCCAGCUAGUCGCCGAGUUAUCACAUCGGAAACAUCAACAGAGCCCAGACCACUGGACAAUGGUACCAUGCUGAGAAGGUCUGUUAAUGAGUCUAAAAACCAAAUUCCCGGGCGAACGCAAACUCCAACUGAUCGUAGCCGUUCAGUAAAUGUUCCCGCUCUACCAUCAAGAGAUACACCAACACGUUUUGGGAGUCUAGCGUUUGACAGUGCCCCUCUCUCUCCGAGCAACUCGAUGACUUCCCAAAGCCCAUCGCCCUCAAGAGGUGCAGGUGGUGCACAAACUCCAAGUUCGGCUGUUUUGAAGCCACUCAAGCCCAGUAAACCUCAAUCUUUAUCAUCAACCAAAUUGGAUCUAGAUGAGGCCGCAUUAACUGGUGAGAAAAAGGUUCCAGUGUCUUUUAGCAGUGAAAAAAAAGUGGUUCCCCCACCACCUCCGCCUGCAAGAACGACCCCGAAGGUAGCAAUGUCCGAUUGGAAGCCAUUGAUUCCACAGUAGGACAAGUGCACUGUUUGUCUGUAUAAAAGCUUCACUCUUAUCUUGAAAUAUGAUUAGUUCAGCCGACCAACGAAUAUCACAGAACAAAACAAACUACAUAAGCAUCAAGCAUCAAACAUUUACUUAGAGUUCUUCCUUAAAUUUCCAGAGUUGUCAGCAUUUAAGGGUUCUUGUGCUUCCUCUAAUUUGGCAGAUCUUCUCUUGGUCAUUGCUGAGUGGCUCUUCUCUGUUGUGCCCUUUGUGUUUCCUAUUAGCUUGUUGGUGUUUUCACCUUAGACCCUCGUUAGGAAAUUUCGAUUAUGAGCUGAUUUUAGCUCCAGUCUUUUGUAGUCGUCGCUGAUCCCAUCUAGCACCUCUAAAGUUGUCUAUAGAAUGAUUAUUUCUUCUAUAGCUAGAUAUACUUGAGAGUCUGUUAUCCUUUUCUUAUAAAUUCAGCA